AAUGUUUUGCUGAGUUAUGAUAUCUCGUUCAACUAGAAAAUAUCAUUAUGUCACAGAUCCCAACACCGAAGGAACUGGAUAAAGACAUUCUUAAAACAAAGCACAAAAUUUCAUUACUUAAUGCACAUCUGUUGAAUUUGAUUGAAAAGCGGGAAAAUGAUCACGAAGUGGAAGAAGAAGAAGAACUUGAGAGUGCUAGUUUGAGCAAAUUAAUCGAAAAACUUGCAGGUCUGAUACUGGAAGCGGAAAAAUUUAAAUUAAACUUGCAGAAAUUGAGUGAAAUACACAAACAAAGUUUGUUACCAGGUGGAAAAUCCUCCACGCCAAUCCAGGAAGAGGGAUCGCUCGACAAGAUAGAUUUCACAGAAAUGGUCACCAAAAGAAAUCGUCAAGUUGUCCCUCACCCAUCUUCACAAACUGACAGUGGUAUCAAUAUGGACGAAAGAUUAUCCAGACCAGAUUCCUCCACUUCAAAUCGGUCUUUGUCUACUAUGUCUGAGCCUUGUGAGUCCGAUGAUUCCCAUUGUGCAUUUACCAGAAAAAUGUCAACCCGAACAGCGAGACUUCUCACCACACAAGCCAAAAAUGCUUCCAGUCGACGAGAGACCAAAAACGAAAGCGAAACCUUUAUGUCUUCUGGUAGAUCAUCGAGCCUUUGAAUCAGGAUCUUUGUACAUAAGCAGCUGUUGUCGAUAAUCUCAAGAAGUUUUGCUGGAGGACAAUGUUUCACGAUUACUGACAAACCUUUGAAAUGUCAUAGUAGAAUAACAGAUUGGUUUAAAAGACAGAAAAAAGCAGUUUUUUUCAGCGGACAUGGGUAUGUAGCAACUGUUCACGACCUACAUACUACAUAUAUGUAAAUGUCUUCCGGAAACUGCCUAAAUUUAACUAUUAACAGACAAACAUUAAGUAUUAAAAUACUUUCAGUGUACCUAUAAGAGUACAUAUAUUUUAAAGCCAAUGUAUUUGUGUUAAUGUUUUUUCAAUGAUAACGGCUGAUCAAGCUGACUGUGGUUCCAAAGUAAAGUAAAAAGGUAAGUAAAAACAGGACAAUCCUGGACA